AUGGCCGAGUCCGAAGCGGCUCCCAAGUUUGCGCCGUUUAUCGGCAUGGCCGGCAUCGCCGCAGCUAUGGUUUUCGGAUGUAUUGGUGCAGCAUACGGUACAGCCAAGUCGGGCAUCGGAAUUGCAGGUGUCGGAACGUUUCGGCCAGAUCUCAUCAUGAAGUGCCUGAUUCCCGUUGUCAUGUCCGGUAUCAUUGCCGUCUAUUCGCUAGUCAUUGCUGUCCUGAUCGCCGAAGAUAUGGCCCCGCCGAACCAAACGACUUACAGCUUGUUCAACGGCUUUAUGCAUCUUGCGUGCGGUAUUUCGGUUGGAAUGACGGGUCUUGCCGCUGGAUAUUGUAUUGGCAUCGUUGGAGACAAGGGCGUCCGCUCAUACAUGGAGCAAUCGAGAGUUUUUGUCGGCAUGGUUCUCAUCCUCAUUUUCGGAGAAGUCCUGGGACUUUACGGACUGAUUGUGGCUCUGAUCCUGAACACCAAGAGCCGAGGCUGA